AUGAAGUUUUCUACUUGAAGGAUGAACACACUAGUGUUUCUUCGAUUCUGCCUCUGAAAGUGCCUGUUCAGCAUUACAGUGUGCUUUGAAAGUAGGGCUAUGUUAGGGAGUUAAAGGUAGCUAAUGUAAGCUAACGUUUACUGACAUCUGACACCUCCAGUUUGCAAUUAACGUUAGCCUUAAACGUCACUUGAUUAGUUAUGGUUAAAUUAGCCAUUUUAGCCAAUUAACGCUAACGUAGCCGUAUUUCGGAGUUGUUUAGUGUCCAACAAUAGCAAGGAGGUCUGGUGCACAGUGUCUGUCAUCCCCUCAGUGUCCCCCCCUCCCUCCUCACUGCUUGGACUGUUCCAUUUCGCAUCUGAAAAAAUCUGAUAGUUGGAGAAGAGUUCUUCAUGUCAGGGACUGCUGUAGCCUCAGCACAUAGAGUAUUGUAGCUCCUGGAUCACCUAAGAUAAGCAAAUGGAUGAGAAAGAGCUGAGUGAUCCCCUAAAUAACUUAUCAGUCAUUAAAGACGACCUGACAAGGUCAAACAUGGGGUCCUCUGGUGACACAGAAAAAAUUAUCCAGCACUUGAAUGAUGAGCUUCGGGAAGCCCAGGAGCUAGCUAAUACUGAGAAGCACAAAUGCAUGGAGCUACAAGGUAUCCUGAAGGAAGAGAGAAAGGAAAAUAAGCAACAAGCUGAUGAAUCUGCAAAACAGAUAAAACUUCUUCAAGGCCAGCUGCGGCAGCUCCAAGAUGAAAUGGACAAUCUCAGAGAGCAGAUAGAUGUCUCCUCCAGUUCACACGACGAGCUACAAAGUGCACGUGAUGAAGCAAAGGCGCUGAAACAUGCCCUGGAGGCAGCCACUGCUGAGCGGGACCGUGACGUCGCUGCCAUCCAGACCAAUCUGGCGACCGUCUCGAAGGAUCUGGACAAAUGGCGUCAGACUGCCAACAAAUAUGAGCGUGAGAUUGACAACCUACAGCGUGACCUUCAACAACAGAGCAAGCAGUGGCAGAAAACUGCAGAAAUACAAGCCAGUGAGCUGCAGUCCAUGCAGGUGGAGUGUAAUGGCCUUCAGAAGGAGUGUUCUGUCCUGCGAUCUGAAAGACAAGACAUUGUGAAUAAGCACCAGAAGGAAAAGAGCAGUCUGCAAAGUGAGUGUGCUUCCCUCAGGGCUGAGAAGGAGGAACUCCUCAAGACUCACCAGAAAGAGAAGGGCAACUUGCAGAGUGACUGUGCAGCACUGCGCUCUGAGAAAGAGGCAUUGCUGCAGAAACAGAAGCAGCUGGAGAAGGAUCUUGCCAGUUUGCGUGGCCAGAAUGCUGAGCUGAGCAAUAGCCUCAAAGCCUUAGAGAAAUCCCAGCAGGAGUUGGAGUAUAGGCUGUCGGCCCUGCAGCUCCAGCACCAGCAGGAUAGCACCAAGCUGCAAAACCAACUGGAUGAAGCGGACAGCCGCAGCAAGGCUCUGCAGAGAGAGUAUGAGGAAGCUAAGAUGGAGCUGUCAGACCUAAAGGAAAAAUAUGAGAAGACUGAGCAGGAAAAACAGUUGCUUACAGAUGAACUUGAGGAGUGCAAAGGCAACAUGAAGGAAUUACAGGAGAAGGGAACAAAGACAUCCCUAUUGCUGCCUGUUCAAGCCAUAGUCAUCGGCCUUAUCCUGGCUUUGCUGUAUUGGUGCUUCGGCGCAUUGUGGUAGUAAGAAUGCCUUCCUCAGGGGAAACUCCAAAAAAAUAAGCCAUGGAUGAUCUGGGGGCCUGUGGUUGCUGUGGCUCUAACAGCUGUGACUGCAGCUGUGAUCUUCAGGACCUGAGGGCAACUUGCUCAAACACACACACACACAAAAGUGAAAUCCAUAUUUGUCAUCAGAUUUCUCUGCACUUGCCCCCUUAUCAUAUCUGCACUAUUAAUGGAGGGCUCAUACUUAACACUGUUUAAUUUUAAGAUGCUCUAUUUUAGAUGACAUAGAGGUUAAUAAAAGAAUGUCAGUUUUAUCUGCAAAUGAAUAAGUUUGUUUGUAUGUGUAUUAUUUGAAGGAAAUCUAGUUGGGUCAUUUUUUGUUUACUAUCUUGACUUAUAGGAUUAAUGAAUGUAAAGAUACUCUACAUGCUUAAUUCAUUCUAAAUAUAUAUGAUGAUAUUUUAGAUGGAUCACCUUGGAGUUUGAACCUCCCUAAAUGUAACACAUCUCUGUAACUGUCAGAAUAAUAAAUAUUGUCACAAUAAUGCUUA